AUGGCUUCAGAAACCGAUUCAUCGUCGCAGCAACUUAGCGACGCCCUCGUUUCCUUCUCCCUCGACGGCCGCUUCCCCGACGACGUUUCUGUUCUCCCUCCCGUCUCCGAAACCAACCUACAACCAGCAAUCGAAGCCCUAGCCAAGGCCAAGAAAGAGCUAGAGACAGAACUGCAUACUAUAAAUGAGGAGACCAAGGAAGAUGUCAGUUCCUGGGUACGGAACGCAAAGACCUUGCAGGAGGAUAUCAUCCGGUCAAAGACCAUGGCCAACGACAUUGUGCGGCAAUCAGAGGCCCCACAAGUCACUGGAGAGGCCAUCAAGGAAGCUGAGGAAAAGGCCGAGUUCCUAAAUCGAGAAGUUCAGUACAGCCACCAGCUCCAUGGCGCACUACGAGGCAUCCAGUAUGUCAAUGAGCUUCUGAGCGAGGUAGAGGCUGCCAAAAAUGAGCGGCGUAUUCUAGACUCGCUGCGCUUGUUAGAGAAAUCAUGGGAAGCACUCGACCAGGUUGGCGUCAGCAAGACUUGCAGAGUCAUGAAACUGCUGAAUCUCCGAAGUUUUGAGCUCAAGUCCUCUGUUCAUGAGGUAUUCGAUCAUGUCUGGAAGACCCUGGUUCAUGUGGACAUCGAAUCCCGUCAAAUCGCCGUUUAUGAGAGCGUCGAGGGCCUCAUGGCUUACAAGGAGGUUGAUGAGCGCAUGGAACAGCUCUGGCGGAACGUGGACGCCGCUAUCGUAUCUCCCCGGAUGGAUACGAGAAGCAGUACCCUCCCAGGCAUACAAGCAGAAGGCGAGAUUUUGAAGCUUUCGGGCGAUGCCUCACGCUCAGUUGAAGCCCUGCUCGCUGACUUGGAAACUGUCUUUACCUUUCUCUCCCAAAAACUCCCCUCCGACCUCCUCCCAUCACUCGGCAAUUUCAUGAUGGCCGAUGUGAUCCCCAAGCUUAUUGGCGAGUGGCUUGACGCGGCUGUGCCUUCAUCAUUGGCAGAGAUGGAUAGAUUCCAGGCCAUGAUCAAACGGGCACGAGGUUUCUGCGAAACUCUCACAAGCAGCGGGUACACGGGAUUCACAGAUUUACAGAACUGGGUUGAGAAUGCGCCGUCAAUAUGGCUUGGGAAAUGCCGAGAGACGACUCUGGACUCCGUCAGAUCAAAGCUACUCAAUGGAAUUGGCGAAGCCAAGCAAGUGGAAAAGGUCGAGAAGCAAAUGGUCUCUAUCGCGGAGGGCAAGGAGAUCACCAAGGCUCCUGGAACUGCGGCAACUGGCGAAGCCAACGACUGGGGAGCGGACUGGGGCGAUGCUUGGGAUAACGACAAGGAGCAAGAUGAAAGCCAGUCCAGGCCCAAGUCCAAGGGUAAAGACUCUGUCAAGGCCGAUGAGGACGAUGGCGCCGACGCUUGGGGUUGGGACGACGAGGACACAACGGCUGCUGAGCCUCAAACAAAGAAGGCCCAGAAGGAUGAUGACGAUGAAGAUGACAGUGCUGCAGCAUGGGGCUGGGGAGAUGACGAUGCGACUCAAGAGCCCCAAGUUCAGCCAGCAGUCCAGGGCAAAGCCUCCAAUCUCCACGAUGAGACUCGUGAGCUCGUGCUUCGAGAGACAUACAACAUCUCAUCUAUGCCCGAGCCAGUCCUUGAGCUCAUUUAUUCGAUUCUUGAGGACGGUGCUGCUUUGACGAGAGAUGACGUCGAAUACGCUCCUGUUGCAGCCACUGCGCCAGGUUUGUUUGGGCUGCCAACAUUUGCCCUGGCUCUCUUCAGGGCCAUUUCUCCUUACUACUACUCGUUUAGCGAUGGAGGCAACAUGUUCCUCUACAACGAUGCCAUGUAUCUGGCUGAAAAGCUCUCUGAGUUUGCUGAGGGAUGGAAGAAGCGUGAAGACCUAACCCCCAGAGCGCGAAACAUGCUUCGUCUUGACAACGACAUCAAGAGUCUACAGAGCUUUGCCAACCGCAGCUACGCCAACGAGAUGAACAUUCAGAAGACAGUAUUACGUGACCUUCUCGGCGGUUCCUCGAGUCUGAUGCAGCAAGACGAGAUGGAGGCAUGCAUCGACGCGGGCACUGCUCGUAUCCGCACCAUGGCUGUCGUUUGGAAGCCUAUACUCGCCCGUUCAGUCUUGACCCAGGCUCUUGGGUCACUUGCUGAAGCCCUCGCUACAAAGCUCAUUACCGACGUUCUUGAGAUGCCCUCGAUCGGCCAGGACGAAGCAUACAGCAUUGCCAAACUUAUCGCUACAGCCACAGAGCUGGACGAUCUUUUCCUACCUAGCAGUCUGUCAGGUACAAGUAGCGACAAUGCGGAGGACGAGGUACCUCAGACAGCGCAGUUUGCCCCUAGUUGGCUCCGACUCAAGUACCUCAGUGAGGUCCUCCAGAGCAACCUCAAUGAGGUGCGCUACCUGUGGUUCGAGAGCGAGCUGAGCCUGUACUUUUCCGCCUCGGAGGUGGUCGACCUCAUCGAAGCCAGCUUCGAGGCGAACCCCAGGACGAGGGAGACGAUCCGAGAGAUUCAGUCGAAGCCGGCGCCGGCACGAUGA